UGCAACUCUCAGGGACGGAGGAGGGGCGCCAGGGCCCCCAUGUGUGGGAGGAUUGCUUCAGCUCCACAAACUUGCAUGGAUUUUGGUUACUAUUUCGGCCAGUGCUUGUGCUCUGAUUGUCUCCGAAUUGUUGCAAAUUCGCCAUUGUUCUCUGGUUGCUUGCAAAGUUGGAUCCGGGAUUUCUUUUCAACCGGGAGCCAACGGUGUCGAAGUGUCUGCAAUGAACCCCGUGAAUGCUACUGCUCUCUACAUUUCCGCGAGCCGUCUAGUGCUCAACUACGACCCCGGAGACCCCAAGGCGUUUACAGAGAUUAACAGGCUUUUGCCUUACUUCCGACAGUCCCUCUCGUGCUGUGUUUGCGGACAUUUGCUACAAGAUCCUAUUGCACCCACCAACUCUACCUGCCAACACUAUGUCUGCAAAACUUGUAAAGGCAAGAAAAUGAUGAUGAAACCUUCAUGUAGCUGGUGCAAAGACUAUGAGCAGUUUGAGGAAAACAAGCAAUUAAGCAUCCUAGUGAACUGCUACAAAAAACUAUGUGAAUAUAUAACACAGACUACAUUGGCACGGGAUAUAAUAGAAGCAGUCGACUGUUCCUCUGAUAUUUUGGCUUUGCUUAAUGAUGGAUCAUUGUUCUGUGAGGAGACAGAAAAACCCUCAGAUUCAUCCUUUACUUUGUGUUUGACACAUUCCCCUUUACCUUCGACCUCAGAACCCACAACUGAUCCUCAAGCUAGUUUAUCUCCAAUAUCUGAAGGCACCCUCAGCAUUGCUAUUGGCAGUUCUGUUAUCAAUGGUUUGCCUACUUAUAAUGGGCUUUCAAUAGAUAGAUUUGGGAUAAAUAUUCCUUCACCUGAACAUUCAAAUACGAUUGAUGUAUGUAACACUGUUGACAUAAAAACUGAGGAUCUGUCUGACGGCUUGCCACCUGUCUGUGACACAGUAGCCACCGACUUAUGCUCCACAGGCAUUGAUAUCUGCAGUUUCAGUGAAGAUAUAAAACCUGGUGACUCUCUCUUACUGAGUGUUGAGGAAGUACUCCGCAGCUUAGAAACUGUUUCAAAUACAGAGGUUUGUUGCCCUAAUUUGCAGCCCAACUUGGAAGCCACUGUAUCCAACGGACCUUUUCUGCAGCUUUCUUCCCAGUCUCUUAGCCAUAAUGUUUUUAUGUCUACCAGCCCUGCACUUCAUGGAUUAUCAUGUACAGCAGCAACUCCUAAGGUAGCAAAAUUAAAUAGAAAACGGUCCAGAUCAGAAAGUGACAGUGAGAAAGUUCAGCCACUUCCAAUUUCUACCAUUAUCCGAGGCCCGACACUUGGGGCAUCUGCUCCUGUGACGGUGAAACGAGAGAGCAAAAUUUCUCUUCAGCCUAUAGCGACUGUUCCCAAUGGAGGCACAACACCUAAAAUCAGCAAAACUGUACUUUUAUCAACUAAAAGCAUGAAAAAGAGUCAUGAACAUGGAUCUAAGAAAUCUCACUCUAAAACCAAGCCAGGUAUUCUUAAAAAAGACAAGACAGUAAAGGAAAAGAUUCCUAGUCAUCAUUUUAUGCCAGGAAGUCCUACCAAGACUGUGUAUAAAAAACCCCAGGAAAAGAAAGGAUGUAAAUGUGGGCGUGCUACUCAAAAUCCAAGUGUUCUUACAUGCCGUGGCCAGCGCUGCCCUUGCUACUCUAACCGCAAAGCCUGCUUAGAUUGUAUAUGUCGUGGCUGCCAAAACUCCUAUAUGGCCAAUGGAGAGAAGAAGUUGGAGGCAUUUGCUGUGCCAGAAAAGGCCUUGGAGCAGACCAGGCUCACUUUGGGCAUUAACGUGACCAGCAUCGCUGUGCGCAAUGCUAGUACCAGCACCAGUGUAAUUAAUGUCACAGGGUCGCCAGUAACGACGUUUUUAGCUGCCAGUACACAUGAUGAUAAAAGUUUGGAUGAAGCUAUAGACAUGAGAUUCGACUGUUAAAUUUGUGGGUCUUUAAACCUACCUCUGGUAGGGAAAUAGCUACAGUUUUACGGCAGCUAUGGUUUUGUUGGUUUAAUAACUUGCCGGAGCUCCUGCAUAUAGAUCACUUGUAUCAAGUGUUUUCAUUGCUAAGUUAUAUGUGUUAGUGUCGGGGAAAUAGUUUGCAUAUAAUGGAGGAGUAACCCUACAACUAUAUGUCUUUAGUUCUUACAGAACCUCAUAGUUUGAGAACAAAUGCUGAUGCAACUGAUUUAUACAAAAUGAACUUUGGCAAGGAAAAUAACAUUAACCUCAUUGUUUAUGGUCAUGCUUUGUGCACAAUCAAAGUUUAUGAUUAAUUGUAAGGAAGUGGUACUAGUCAGUUCAUAAAGAUUGUGCUAAUUUUUUUGUGGAAAAAGUAGCCGUUAGGUUUGUUCAGGAGACUCAGUGCUGCCUUCAGAUGCCAUUGAUGCUUCUCCUGUUGAAAAGCUGAUGUGUCCAGCUCAACCUUUGUGCUGACAUACCAUUUCUAAUCAUGAAAAUCGGCUACAGGUGUAUGUAGCAGUUCGUAAAUCAGCAGUAUUAUGAAAGAAAAUUUGCCCAUUAGAAUGUUGAAGAAAUCUGUCUUUCAAAAGUGAACAAACUGAAAUUCCCUCAGACCCCAGAUGUUUAGCUACAAAACUCUUUAACUAGUUGAGCCCCUUUUUAGUUGUCUGACUUCUUUCUAGGGAAAAAAAUUCAAAAUCUUAGAUAAGUGAAAUGGAGAAGAGCAGUUUUAUUCUGAAAGUAUUUGAAUUUAGUUUGUGACAGAAUUUUUAAAAAAUUGUAAAAGUGUUUUAGAAAUUGGAAUUUAUUUAAAAUAGGUCUGGAAUAAUGCCUCCAGACUUAUACGGAUUUAUGCAUUAUAUGUAUUGCUAUUGGCCACUUUGAUUUUUGUUUCCUCUAGUAGUUUGCCGUAGAGUUUAUGUUGAAUACGCUCCUUUUUCUUUUUCUUUAGGGUGCUAUUUUUUAUGAAGGCUUCUUUAUAGAGGUCUAAUAAAAAUGCCUUUUGAAGCCUGUGCAUUUAGGUAGGUUUGAACCUAGGAGGAUUUUUUUUCUUUAGGAUGCUCUUUUGCAUGUAAAGCACAAACCAUUUCAGUUUAAA